UUCAAGUCUCCCCGACACCAUUUCUCUUCACCUUUUCUGGAAGGGUGUCCUCGGGUGGUACUUGUGCUGAUACACAGUAGAUGGUUACCUCGAGCAGCUUGCCAGUCCCGUGUGUCUACUCCGCGUCCUCUUGUCCGUCUGCCCAAGUGUUCCAACGACUUCCAACGACUGGCUCCGAUCCCGGCAUCCACGAUGGCCUCCUUUCCUCCCCCGCCGGUCAACACCAUUGACUGGUCCAACGUUGGUUUCCUGGUUCGAGAAGUCAACGGCCACAUCGAAUCGCACUACUCCAAGAAGACGGGCCGGUGGUCGCCGCUGCGCUGGGUGACGGACCCCUUCAUCCGCAUCCAUGGCAUGGCGCCCGCCCUCAACUACGGGCAGCAGGCAUACGAGGGGCUCAAGGCCUUCCGCGCGCCCGGCGACCAGGCCAUCCAGAUCUUCCGGCCGGACCGCAACGCCGUGCGCAUGCAGCACUCGGCCGAGUUCAUCUCGAUCCCGCCCGUGCCGACCAGCCUGUUCCUCGACGCUGUCAAGGCGGCCGUAUCGCUUAACGCCGAGUUCGUGCCGCCACACGAUACGGGCGCCGCCAUGUACAUCCGCCCCCAGAUCUACGGCUCCUCGGCGCAGCUGGGGCUGAGCGCGCCCGAGGAGUACACCUUCGCCGUCUACGUGCUGCCCACUGGCGUCUACCACGGCACGCACCCGGUCAAGGCCCUGAUCCUGGACGAGUUCGACCGCGCGGCGCCCAACGGCACGGGCAGCGCAAAGGUGGGCGGCAACUACGCGCCCGUGCUGAGGUGGAGCGACAAGGCCAGGGCCGAGGGGUACGGCAUCACGCUGCACCUAGACUCGGCCACGCGCGAGGAGGUGGACGAGUUCUCGACAAGCGGCUUUAUUGGUGCACUCGAAGAUGGGCAGGGCGGCGUGACUCUCGUGGUGCCUGACUCCAAGAACGUCAUUGACAGCGUGACGAGCGAGAGCGUCCAACAGAUUGGCAGGAGCUUCGGCUGGAAGGUCGAGAAGCGGCAGAUAAAAUACACGGAGCUGCCCAACUUCUCGGAAAUCAUGGCGGCAGGGACCGCGGCGGCGCUGGUGCCCAUCCGGUCCAUCACGCGCAGGAUGGCCGACUCGGACCCCAAGUCCCUGGCAGCGCAGGUCAAGCAGCACACGCGCCUCGAGGUCGCGACGGGCGAGGAGACGGUGACGUACAUCCCCGCGUCGCAAGACGACGCCGGCCCGCUCUGCCUCAGGCUCCUGGCACAGCUCAAGGGCAUCCAGCUGGGCAAGGUCAAGGACGAGUUUGGCUGGUGCGCCGCCGUCAGCCAGGAGGACGGGGCCAAAGCCGAGGGCACUGCGAACAGAGCGGUUUAGGGUAGCAACGGCCGGAUGGUGGAUCAGCUCGACUAGGACGCUCGAGGCGUUUCCAACAUCUGUCAUCACCUUUUUGUUUUGGAUUAUGCUGGUGUUUGACCGCCCUUGCCAUUCACAGCGGAGCGCGGGCGGGCAGAUCUGUUUUGGGCAUUUGUUUUUCUCGUUCCAAACAUAAAUUCCCCAAACGUGCGCUUCCCACAACGACUGGGAGCGACGCAACAACGUUUGGGCCGCGACAGGGGUUUAAAAUGGGGGGAGCACGUUCCCGAAUGCGGCAGUCGGGGAAGUCUCGAGCGUGGCCUUCAAUCUCAGUGCUGAUUCGAGGUAAACAGAAGACAAAAGUUAUGGGUCCAUCGAGGUAACGUAAAUGAUGGGCCAGUUGAGAAUAUGUUUUGUGCCUUGACGGUUCAUUUUUAUCAUCUUCUUUUGUUAUUUCUGCUUAGGGUCUCCUAAAUUGGGCUCGAAAAAGUUCCCCGGCUGCGGCAAAGUCCGCGCGUUUGGGUUCGCACAAUCACAUGCGCUCUCGCAGCCGCAUCUGCAACUGGAAUUAAACAGGCUCUUCCUCCGAUCCUCCUCGACGCUUCGCCGGGCCCUGGAAAUCCCUGUCAUCUGAGGUUUUUACUAGUACC